CGUGUGUCACGCACCGUGGACCUGCCUGAAUUACCUGGGUCAUCGAGUCCGUGCGCAUGCACGGGGCUGACGAGCGACCAGAGAGAGAGAGAGAGAGAGAGAGAGAGAGAGAGAGUUGCGUCCAUCGAUGCUGUCACGCGCCUUCAGUGUGUGUGUGUGUGUCAGUGGAGGAGGAAACUUCUUCUUCGAGGUUUUUGCUCAGUGAUUUUUCUGAAGGAGACGCGAGUUGACGCACGCGGCAGCUGGACUGGAUUAGAGAAUCACAAUCGGGAGACGCGCGUGCCAUUACGCACGGAGCUCCUGCUCCAGUGUGGAGGGAAACUAUUAGAACACAAACACACGCACGUGCUGAUGUUGAUGUGAACGAGCAGGGAGGACAGAGCGACAGUGUCCCCGUCUCUGAGUCUGAACUCGGCGGACGGUCACUCGGUUCCCGCCGGGAGGAAAGUUAGACCGCGGGCGGGCGCACGGAGCGAGAGCGAGUGUGGAUGUUUGAGAGCAGCGGGGGGACGGAGCCACUGCUCCGCUCAUGGACCGCCGACCUCUCCGGCUGAACCGAGGAUCAUGCUCCGGUAGUUUGCUCCGCCUCAGCGGAACAUGCGGAUCUUAGGGGACUCGGUGACGGUGUGAGUCCAGCAGGGAGCGGCGCUGGGAGUCCGGACUCCAGGGUGUUUCCACACUCCACCAUGUCUAUGUCCAGAGGAGAGUGAGAGACACCGACAGACAGAGAGGGAGAGAGAGAGAGCCGGGGUGAUCCGGAGUGUGUUUCAUGACGUGUGGGAUUAAAACCGGACCCGACAUGAUCUUUGUUAAUAUCAUCACUGUGGUGUUUGUGUUAGAUGUGUGUGUGUGUGACUCAGAGCUCGGCGCCCCCGGCUGGCGGGAACCCCUGGACUGCGUCCGAGCCUCCGAACUGUGCAACCAGAACAGCCAGUGCAGCUCACGAUUCCGCAUCAUGCGCCAGUGCCUGUCUGGCGGGGACAAGGAGCGCAGCGCGAUGCUGGCCUCCAAGGAGUGCCAGGGGGCGCUAGAGGUGCUGCAGGACUCGCCGCUGUACGACUGCCGCUGCAAGAGAGGCAUGAAGAAGGAGCUGCAGUGUCUUCAGAACUACUGGAGCAUCCACAUGGGACUAACUGAAGGGGAAGAGUUCUACGAGACGUCUCCCUAUGAGCCGAUCCACUUCUCUGAGGAAUACCGACACGCGUCCAUCAUAUCAGACUCGUCGUUGUCAAAGAUGGGCCCCUGCUCGGAGGCGGGGAAACCCUGUAACCCCUGCCUGGACGCAGCAAAGGCGUGCAACCUCAACGAAACGUGCAAACGUUUGCGGUCCGCCUACAACUCUAUCUGCAGCAAGGCCACUCCCCCACACUCCUCCCUGGCCAAUCAGGAGCCUUGCAGCAGGAAAAGGUGUCAGAAGGCGCUGCGGCAGUUUUUCGAGCGUGUUCCUUGGGAGCUGAGUUACCCGCUGCUGUUCUGCUCGUGCCCGGACCAGGCGUGUGCCGAGCGCCGCCGCCGCACCAUCGUCCCGUCCUGCUCCCACCAGGAGCGGCACAGACCCACCUGCCUGGACCUGCGACAGCUCUGCCGCUCCGACGCCCUCUGCAGGUCUCGACUCGCUGACUUCCACAUGAACUGCCAGGUGACUCCUCACACCGUCACCAGCUGCCCUCACGACAAUUACCACGGAUGCCUCAUGUCCUACGUUGGCCUCAUCGGCUCUGACGUGACGCCGAACUACAGCGACAGCAGCCCGUCCAACAUCAGCAUCAGCCUGUGGUGCACCUGCAGAGGAACAGGCAGCCGUGAGACCGAGUGUGACGCCUUCCACCGCGACUUCACACACAACACAUGCCUCAAAAACGCCAUCCAGUCGUUUGGUUACGGCGCAGAGGGCGGGACUCUCCAUGUGACUGAGCCACCGCCCACAUUCUUCCCGCCCGCUAAGCCGCCAAUCAUCUCCAAACCUGCUCCCUCUCUGCACGGAGACACACUCAAACCCAUGGACAGUGCGUGUGUGUUUUCCACGUGUGCUAACCUACAGGACGGAGGGCAGAAGUGCGUCCCCUCUGAUGAGUACGAGUGUGAGGAGGCUCUGUUGGUCCAGGGCUCAUUAGACUCGGCAGGACCCAAGAGCAGCGGCAGCAGCAGCCAAUCAGCUCCAAUCCUGCUCCUCCUCCACAUCUCUGUGACUGUGUGCGUGUCCGUCCUGCCAAUGUUUCUGCUCUACGUCUCAUAAAUGUGAACUCAUGCACACACACACACACACACACACGCACGCACACACACACACACGCACGC